AUGUCGUCAGACGCUGAUAAGAAUGCGCCCACGUCGCAAUUCCAAAAAGUUGGCGAUCUGGUGGAGAGGGAGGAUGACACAGGUGUCAUGCAGGUUGAGAGUCUCUGCAUGAACUGUCAUGAGACUGGAACCACCCGCCUCCUACUCCUCCGUGUGCCCUUCUUUCGCGACAUCAUCCUCGAGUCUUUCGAAUGCUCUCACUGCCACUUCAAAGACAACUCGGUUAAAUCAGCUGGCCAGAUCCAGGAGCAUGGGGCCAGAUACACACUCGAUGCGGAAAACGAGGAAGAUCUCCAGCGCCAGGUGAUUCGCAGCGACAUUUCGAUCUUCAAGGUGGAGUCGCUGGGAAUUGAGAUGCCCAAAGGCGAGAGCCAGCUCACUACCGUCGAGGGUGUUAUCCAGCGCAUCCAUGAAUCACUGUCGAGCGAGCAGCCGCUCCGUAAAAUCCAGGCGCCUGAGCUUUACGAGGCUCUGGAGCCGCUGAUUGAGAAGCUAAAGAACAUUCUCGACCGCAAUGGUUUCCCCUUCACAAUCUCCCUGGAUGACCCGACGGGCAACUCAUGGAUUGCUCCCACCACCAAUGACAAGGGCAACAAGUACCGGCGCCGCGAAUACGCGCGCACACACGAGCAGAACCAGGAGCUGGGGAUUGCUUCCGACCCCAAUGCCACCAAGCACGAAGGUGCCACGACGACCGGGACUUCCGGCGAGCCAGAAGACUUGGAUAUCGUCGACGGCAAGGUCUACGAGCUCCCUGCGGAAUGCCCUGGCUGCUCCAAGCCCUGCACCGUCAACAUGCAGAAAGUCAGCAUCCCGUACUUCAAAGAGGUUUUCAUCUGGAGUACCGUCUGCGAACACUGCGGCUACCGCACGAGCGAGGUCAAGACCGGUGGCGAGGUUCCAGAAAAGGGCAAGCGGAUCACACUUCAGGUGCAGAACGAGGUCGAUCUGUCGCGUGACAUCUUGAAGUCCGACACCUGUGCCCUGCACAGUGAGGAACUGGAGCUCUCUGUGCAACCAGGUACUCUCGGUGGCCGCUUUACGACGGUCGAGGGUCUGUUGACUGAGAUGCGGGACCAGCUGCGCGGCCAGAUCUUCGAUAUCGAUGACAGCACCAACAGCGGUGGUGACAGCAUGGCUACCUCGGAGAAGGAGAAGUGGGAGCGUUUCUUCAGCCGCCUGGACCAGGCUCUCGAGUCCAAGUUGAAGUUUGUCAUCACGCUGGAGGAUCCCCUGGCCAACAGCUACGUCCAGGGCUUGUGUGCGCCUGCCAAUGACCCCCAGAUCACCAUCGAUGAGUACACCCGCACAGAGGAAGAGGAGGAUGACCUCGGUCUGAAGGAUAUGAAGACCGAGGGAUACGAAGAAGAUGCCAAGCAAGACGAAGAAAAGCAGACUUCAUAA